UCCAAGUAUCAAUAUCAAUGUUUGAAACUGAGUUUGUUCUUUAUCAGUGGCCUAUUAUGGAAAAAGUUGAAAUGUGUAGUUAUAUGGGAAUUCCUGAUUCCAGAUGUGUGUAUAUAGCUUAUAUUGUAGAUGUAGUGUAUCUUUGGGUGAGGCGAACAAGUGGGGAAGAUGAUGAUAACCAGUGGCAGAUUGUUGGUGAUGACUUCAUUGUUAGAAAAGGUCUAGCAACAAGCUCUAUUGUUCAGAUAGUGAGAGAAGGUGAAGAACCAGAGCAACUAUGGAAGCAUCUUCACUGUUUCUCAUUCCAGAACACAGGAGAGAAACAUUAGAAGCAUUCGAGGCAGUUUCUGCUUUGUGAUGCAGUGAUGUAUGAGAAUGAAAAUGUUGGUUUAAUU